CACAACUUAAAAAGGAAAGAAACCACAAAUUUAUGUUGUUUUUUUGUUGUUGUUGUUGUUGUUGUUACCAGUUGCAAUACAGAUGCAUCACAUCAUUCCCCAUUUUAGAAGCCUUCCUGCUGAGAUCCUGAGAAUGAUACACAGACACACACACACACACACACUCACUGUGACGGGAUUCAGUGUCUGAGAGAGAGAGAGAGAGGGAGAGAGAGAGAUGUUUCUGUUUUUUUUGUUGUUUUUUUUUUACAUACAAGAUGACUUUCUGCUUUCAGGUUUAUCUAUAACAUAAAAAAGUGUUGUUGUUAUCAUUGUUGUUAUUUUAAUAUGGAGAUGGUGAGGGAAAAACUGCUUAUACCUGCUAUAAGGUAAGUGAUAAUAGAACUAACUCGGCUCUGGUUCACAACAUGAAAUUCAAUUGUAUAUGACGGGCAUGACGUGUGUGUCAUUAACACAGUAAAAAUUGUCACUUUUAGCAAAUUACUGUGGUAUAAGUGGAAUUAAACACUUCCGGUGUGCUGUUAUAGGAAAUAAUCCACUUUAUCUUGUUUUAUUCCUUACUUAAUCAAUACCCUAAAUGUGCUGACACCAGCAACCAUAAUAGUUUUAUUAUUAUUAUUGUUUAGUAGUUUUAUUUAUUUAUUUAUUAUUAUUAUUAUUUUAUUUAUUUACAUUUUUACUCGAAAAACACGUUUUUACACCCUCAUCCUUGCAUACAUACGGCUAAACAAACAUUAUCAAAGCUGCUCGCGAGAGGAGGCGGAGCUUGUCGGAAUAUGGGUAGGAAAAACAACUCUACUCGAACACACCCGAAAUUUAAAUAUGCCGGAAGUGACGCAAGAUGCGGCGCCGCAUUUAAACUUGUUCUUAACAAGGAAGUGUGACGGGAAAAGCCCGUUUCUGUUAUUCAGCGAUGUUAUGCUGUAGUUAAUUACAAAUUCUGCAACAAAUACUACAAUCGGAACACUCCAAUGAUGGCAUCUAAAGGAGCCAAGGAAACUUUUGCAAAUAAACUAGGAUUUAAAAGCAGUGGUUCAAAGGCUGUAGAAGCUGAGCUUGAGAAACUGAAGAAGGAAAAUGCCCAGUUGAAGAAGACUUUGGAUGAAAUUUCAAAACGAAACGGAAGGCAUCAUCUGACACGUCCUGAUUCAGAUAAGGCCAAGCUGCUGGAGAGAAUUUUGUCACUGGAGACACUGAGGGAGAGAAAUGCACAGCAGCUGCUGGCUAAAGAACAAGAGAUCUCCAGCAUGAGGCAGCAGCUGCAGGCUGAAGGUGGAGAGGUGGUGGCCUCGCUGCAGAACCUGCUGGAUCAGAAAAGGCAGGAGGCAGAACACAGAGAGAAGCUUUUUCAAAACCUUUCCCAGGAGACCGAGGACCUGAAAAACAAAUAUUUGGCUGUCACUGCGAAGUGCCAAACACUUGAAAAGCACAGUACAGACAUGCAGGUUCCUUCAGGUGAGAUUGCCAUGGUCGAGGAGCAACUGCGAGAUGCUCUGGAAAAAAAUCAGCACUGGCUUGUUUAUGACCAGCAGAGAGAGGCCUAUGUUCAGGGGAUUCUGGCCAGAAGUGCAGAGCUCGAGCAGCAGUUAAACCAAGCCAAGCAAACACUAGAACAGCAGCACAAAGAGACCAAUUCAGAAGGUCAGUCAUCUGCCUCCAUGCAGCAGGAGAAGAAGCUGCAGGAGAGCCAGAGAGAGAUGGAGGAGGAAUGCAAAAGGGCAAGCCGCCUACAGGCCGAGCUGGUGGAGCUGAAAGCCAAGUAUGAAGAGAAGAGCCGUGAGGUGGUGCGAGCCCAGGAGGAGCUGCAAGAGGAGCGGAGAAGUGGCCGACAGACUUUAGCAGAGGAAAGGAAGCUGAACACCGCGCGAGUAGCCAGACUGCAAUGCGAGAUAGAGGUGGCUAAUGUAAGGCUUGAGGAGGAAAAGAAGAGAGCUGCUGAGCUGCUACUGCAGGUCAACCUUGUUCAGAAAUCUCUACUGGCUCAGCAUGAAAAUCAGAAAAGAAUGGCUGUUUUAGAGCAACAGAUCCAGUUGUCUGCUAGAGAUUUUGAGAACGAGAAACUGGACCGACAAAGUGUACAGCACCAACUCCACAAAGUGCUGAAGGAGCUUCGCAAGGCUAGAGACCAAAUCACAUGCUUGGAGUCAGCAAAACCGCAGCGAGAAACUCGGUUCUCUGAGCCAAGCUCAUACACCAGGCUGGAUUUGGAUAAGAGGACCAGUCAGGACCGUAUCCUGAACCCCACAUCUCCAUUAAAGAGCUCCAACACAUUGGAUGAGAGCUUUCUGGAGUGUCCCAACUGCAGGGCCUCAUACCCUGUCAGCCAGCACAGAGAGCUCCUUGCACAUCUUGACUACUGCUUUAAUUAAGGGAUUAAGGCUUGAUAUUGCUUAUAUUUUCCAUUUUCCCCCCUUUUUUAUGUCUUUGUAUCAGAUUUUUUUAUUUUUGUAUUCCAAAGAGAAUUUAGAAUGUUGUUUUUUCAUUUAGUUUUGGAUUAAUCAAUGGUGUGCUUGAUAGGCCUUUGAGUAUUUGCAAAGCUAUUGCCUUUCCAUUAAUGUGGAGCAUAAUUAAAAUACAUGUUAACUUAUGUUAGUUAUUUUUGGGUAACUCUGUAAUGUACGGAAGUGUCAAGUUUUCUUACCUAGUAUCACCUCAAAGGUGUUGAAGUGGCACAGGAUACACUCACUUUCAGUAGUCUGUCCUGAUGCUGGAAAUCAGAUCUGUCUUGAAUUAGGCUGCAUGUGUGUAAAUCCUUGUAUUAGACCUAUUUAAAGCAUGGAGAUUACUGAGACUGCAGGGGAAAGGAGGCUAAGGAUUUCUCAAUUCAGAAAAUACACCCAGGUG